ACCUCAAAUCCCCCAUCUGUGGACAUACCAUCAAGUUCUCCAAACAUCCCAAUGCACGGUUACUAUCGACCCUCAUCCGCGGAUAUACCAUCAACUUCUCCAAACAUCCCAAUGCACGAUUUCUAUGGAGCAGUGCCUGUGUGGUCAUCGGGUUUUCUCCCAUUUCCUGCUGUCAACCAAUAUCCAAGCAAUAUACAGAAUGCUAGUUACCCAUUUCAACAUGGCAUGGAAAGCCAGUUGUCUCUCAGCAAUACCUCGGUUACAAGCAGAUUUCUGGGUACGGAGGAUACUAGACCCUCAGUUGGGGAAACUCAAUCGGCAGCUACAUCUUCUAGAGUUGAAGAAAUUCAUCUUGAUAUACGAGAUGCACAAGAAAUCGAGUGUGGUAGUGCCGAAACAUCUGAGAAAGUGGAAAUGGAUGGUGAUGAUGAGCCCGUUUCGGGGAUGGAAUUUAAUUCAUUAGAAGAUUUAAUUAAUUAUUAUAAGGAAUAUGGCAAAAAACGCGGGUUUGGGGUGAUGACAAAAAUGAGUGAGAGGGGAGAGGAUGAGACUGUGAGAUAUGUCACUCUUGCCUGUGCCCGUGGAGGGAAGGUCCGGAAUAGGACUAUAAAUGUCGCCAACCCACGUCCGACAGGAAAGACGGAAUGUAAGGCAAAAAUUAAUGCCUUAAAAGUUUCUGACGGAAAGUUUCGGCUGACUACAGUUCACAAUCUCCACAACCACGGCUUUAGUCCAAAGAAAUCUCGCUUCUUUCGAUGUAAUCAAGAAGUGAGUGAAUCUGUUAAAAGGGUCCUAGAUACAAAUGAUUUAGCCGGCAUCCGAAUGAAUAAGAGUUUUGGGUCUCUUGUUGUUGGCGCGGGUGGUUUUGAGAACCUCCCGUUUUUGGAAAAGGAUUGUCGUAAUUACAUCGACAAGGCACGACAUCUACGAUUGGGCGCUGGUGGUGCUGGAGCGUUUCGAGACUACUUUCUACGAAUGCAGUACAAAAAUCCGGGGUUCUUUGCACUAAUGGAUUUGGAUGAUGAAGGGAGGUUAAAAAAUGUUUUUUGGGCAGACCCCCGUAGUAGAGCAGCCUACCAAUAUUUCGGGGAUGUUUGUAUGGAUGGUAUAGCACCGAAGGCUAUUAUCACUGACCAAGACAGAGCCAUGAAGAAUGCAAUUGCAAUUGUUUUCCCAGAAAGCCGACAUAGAUUUUGCCUGUGGCAUAUCCUUAAGAAAGUCCCUGAAAAACUUGGUUGUUAUGGUUCUUACAAAUGUGGAAUGAAAACUACACUGAUGAAAUGUGUGUAUGACACACAAACGCCCGAUGAGUUUGAAAAAUGUUGGGAUGAGAUGAUUAGUACGUACAGCUUGCAUGAUAAUGUCUGGUUGCAGAGUUUAUACACUGAGCGUGAGCAUUGGAUACCGGCCUUCUUGAAAAAUACAAAUUUGAAAGAGUUUGUCGAUCAGUAUGAUAAUACCUUGAAAAAGAAGAUUGAGAACGAAAAUUGCGCGGACUUCCAGUCAUUUAACAUCACAAUUCCCUGCAUCUUGAGAUCUCCAAUUGAAAAGAGAUAUCAACAGCUGUACACAAAUGCUAAAUUCAGGGAAGUUUAA